GAUUUUUAACAAGCCGAGACGAAGAAUUUCUGGCUGACUUUGACGACUGACAACUUGUUAAAAAUGCUUUCUUUAUAAAAGCACUUAACAGUAUUCAUGGCCGACACCAAGUUGUGCAGCAUCGACCGGAAAGUGAAAUUUGUUUAUUAAGAUUUUUUGUUCGUCAAUUAUCAGCAACUUCCGCUACCAAUAAUAAGACAACAUCACAGUUCCGUUAAGAGACGAAAAUGGCCAAUCCGAAAAUCAUUUUGAAAAUCCUAUUUUCACUUUGCGUCUGGUCCUUUGUCAUAAUUGGAAUUUUCAAGAUGCACGGCACGAAUAUUGUGCCGCAGGAAUAUGUUGGUGUGCCGCUGAGUGGGCGUAUCCUGUUGCAGAGGGAUAUGCUGCGUUAUGUCGAGACCACAUCAACGACAACUGAUCGCUUCGAUCCUUCAGAAAUACUAGUGGAUAAUCGUACAGCAAUGGACGAUGAUCAGCUCGUACGUGAUGUUGAAUCACGCAUACCAUCAUUACCGAUUGCCUAUUGGAGCAAGAAUAAGAAUUUUCUGCAGCAAAAGUCAUCGACUUGUGCCAAGUAUCCUUCGAUAUUUGAGCUGGAAUUCAACAAUAUUUACUGGCAGACGAUGCGCACAUCGAAUGGCACAUUCCAAUUAUUUGGCGCCUAUUACGACAUACGCAAAACGUCAGCGCUGGGCCCGACUGUACGCAUACUUGGCAUGAUCGAUCGCAUCGAACCGAAUGUGAAGACAUACUGUCAAUUCUGGUUUGAUGGACAGAAGGAGCCAUUUAUAGUGAAGACAUUUGAGUACAAGUACAUUUGGUACAACAAAUGGGGCAACUACAAGCAGGGCAUCUAUCAACCAUACUUGAUUGCGUGUCAGAUACCAAAACCAUUUCAUGGCGUUGUGCCGAGUUCGGUAUCAAUGGUGGAGAAGGAAUGUGAUACAGCAACAAAUAAUCUAAGAGUCAUAUACAAUCGUCCGCCGGAUGAUCAAAAGAAAGGUUUUGCAGUAUGCGUCAAGGGUUUAGAUUUUCUGUAUGAUGAUCUAUCGGUGCGACUGAUUGAAUGGAUAGAAAUGUUAAAUAUUUUGGGUGCGGAUAAAAUUUACUUUUACAAUUUGCAAGUGCAUCCAAACAUAACAAAAGUGUUGAGUCACUAUGAACAGGAAGGUAAGGUACAAGUAAUACCAUUAACUUUACCUGGUGGACAACCAAAUGUGCCAGGUUUUCAACAUUUGUACCUAACGAAAAAAACAAAUCACAAGCGACAAAAUGAAGUGAUACCAUACAAUGAUUGUCUAUAUAAAAAUCUGUACCUAUACGAUUAUAUAGCGCUUCUCGAUAUUGAUGAAGUGAUUAUGCCGAAAGGCAAUGCAGUACUCUGGUCUGAGUUGAUGGAAAAAGUGGUACCGGAAUCAUUAAAAAUACGUCCUGAAGGGUAUCACAGCUAUAAUUUUCGUAAUGUAUACUUUCUAGAUGAUCUGCAGCACGAGCACGGCUGGUACAAGGACAUACCAAAAUAUAUGCACAUGUUGCAACAUGUGCACCGUGCUAAGAACUACACAAAACCUAAUCAGUAUGUGAAGUGCUUCCACAAUCCUGAGCGUGUACUAACGCUGCACAACCAUUUUCCUUUGGCUUGUCUGGGUGGUGUGUGCAAAUCGUAUCCUGUCGACACGGUGGAUGCGCAAAUGCAACAUUAUCGUGCCGAUUGUGUUAAGACGCUGAAGAAAAGCUGUGAGGAGUAUCGCGAGAAUUCAGUGGAAGAUAAAACAAUCUGGAAGUAUAAAGAUGAGUUGAUCCGACGCACAAUGAAAGCACUCGAUACUUUGGGUUUCUUUCGACGCAAUGUCUUUGGCAGUGGCUUGGGCUCAACGACGCAUUCUAGUGAACGGUGAUUUCGGGCGAACUGGUGGACUGCCGGUAGUUGGGCGGUCAGCAGUGGUAAUGGUGCUGCUUGGGACUAUGCCGAACGUGAACGUGAACGUGAUAUGGAAACAGCUGUGGGCAGUAAUGAAGUGCUUUGGUGACUGUGAGCCGAAUUCUAAAAAAAGAUUCACUCUGUACAAAUCAAUUUAGUGCUGCUUUGGUAAAAACAAUAUCUAAGAAAUGCAAAGAAAAACAAUCCUCAUCAGUUUCACGUUCAAAAUGGCUGCCUUCGAACUUUACUAAUUUGUAUUUAUAGCUCAACUAAAAUUCAUACUCAAAUGCGAUACUUAUGAGAUACGAAAUACAACAAAAAUUAUGCUUAAGA